UUGCGCAUGCGUACCUCAAUCAGUUCGGAUCGCCUUUAAAUCAAACAGCGACGACGCUCUUGCUUUUCUCUGAUUAGCCUUCAUCAGCUUCGCGAUACCGCCCCCAAUUUCAAUAUCGAUACGGAGCCGCCAGGCCGGGACAGAGACGGAGAGAGAGCCCUCGGCCAUGGAAGCGCUCGGACCCGGACCCCCUCCCACGUCCCUUUUCCAGCCGCCCCGCAGGCCUGGUUUGGGUACAGUGGGAAAGCCCAUCCGCCUGUUAGCCAAUCACUUCCAGGUGCAGAUACCCAAGAUUGACGUCUACCACUAUGAGGUGGACAUCAAGCCAGAGAAAAGACCACGCAGGGUCAAUCGGGAAGUGGUGGAUACCAUGGUGCGGCACUUCAAGAUGCAGAUUUUUGGAGACCGCCAACCAGGCUAUGAUGGCAAGCGAAACAUGUAUACUGCCCACCCCCUACCAAUUGGCAGAGAUAGGGUGGAUUUGGAGGUGACUUUACCUGGAGAAGGUAAAGACCAGACCUUUAAGGUGUCGAUCCAGUGGGUCUCUGUGGUGAGUCUUCAAAUGCUGUUGGAGGCAUUAUCAGGCCAUCUCAAUGAAGUCCCUGAAGAUUCUGUCCAGUCUCUUGAUGUCAUCACGCGGCAUUUACCCUCUAUGAGAUACACCCCAGUGGGCCGCUCAUUCUUUUCUCCCCCUGAAGGAUACUAUCAUCCACUAGGUGGUGGAAGGGAAGUGUGGUUUGGGUUUCAUCAGUCGGUCCGGCCAGCUAUGUGGAACAUGAUGCUUAACAUUGAUGUGUCUGCAACUGCCUUUUACCGUGCUCAGCCAGUUAUUGAGUUCAUGUGUGAGGUGCUGGACAUCCAGAACAUCAAUGAACAGACCAAACCUUUAACAGACUCUCAGCGUGUCAAGUUCACCAAAGAGAUCAGAGGUCUCAAAGUGGAGGUGACACACUGUGGUCAGAUGAAGAGGAAGUACCGUGUGUGCAAUGUUACUCGCCGCCCUGCCAGUCACCAGACGUUUCCUCUGCAGCUAGAGAAUGGUCAAGCCAUGGAGUGCACAGUGGCCCAGUACUUCAAACAGAAAUACACUCUACAGUUAAAAUACCCUCAUCUGCCCUGUUUGCAGGUGGGGCAGGAGCAAAAACACACGUAUUUGCCCCUGGAGGUUUGUAAUAUUGUAGCUGGGCAACGAUGCAUCAAGAAAUUGACAGAUAAUCAGACAUCUACCAUGAUAAAGGCCACUGCUCGAUCCGCCCCUGAUCGACAAGAAGAGAUCAGCAGGCUGGUAAAGAGCAACAGCAUGGUGGGAGGGCCGGACCCCUACUUAAAAGAAUUUGGCAUCGUUGUUCACAAUGAUAUGACCGAGGUGACUGGGCGGGUCCUCCCAGCGCCCAUGCUACAGUAUGGGGGCCGGGUGAGUACAGAGACUGGGAGUGACUGUGGCAGGAAUAAAACGGUGGCAACGCCAAACCAGGGAGUCUGGGACAUGAGGGGAAAGCAGUUCUAUGCUGGCAUUGAGAUCAAAGUGUGGGCUGUGGCCUGCUUUGCUCCGCAGAAACAGUGCAGAGAAGACCUGCUCAAGAGCUUCACAGAUCAGUUACGUAAGAUUUCAAAGGAUGCCGGCAUGCCCAUUCAAGGCCAACCCUGCUUCUGUAAAUAUGCCCAAGGUGCAGAUAGCGUGGAACCAAUGUUCAAGCACUUGAAGAUGUCCUAUGUUGGCCUGCAGCUCAUUGUAGUAAUCCUUCCUGGAAAGACUCCAGUCUAUGCUGAGGUCAAGCGGGUGGGAGACACCUUGCUAGGGAUGGCCACGCAGUGUGUCCAAGUAAAGAAUGUGGUUAAGACCUCUCCUCAGACUCUGUCCAAUCUCUGCCUGAAAAUCAAUGCAAAACUGGGGGGAAUCAACAAUGUCCUUGUGCCACAUCAGCGGCCCUCUGUUUUCCAGCAGCCUGUCAUCUUUUUGGGAGCAGAUGUAACGCACCCUCCAGCUGGUGAUGGGAAGAAACCUUCUAUAGCAGCUGUGGUGGGCAGCAUGGAUGGGCACCCCAGUAGGUACUGUGCCACUGUAAGAGUCCAGACCUCUCGGCAGGAUCUUUCUCAGGAGCAGCUUUUCAGUCAGGAAGUGAUUCAAGAUCUCUCCAAUAUGGUCAGAGAGCUACUCAUUCAGUUCUAUAAGUCAACUCGCUUUAAACCCACCAGAAUAAUAUUUUAUCGUGGUGGUGUAUCUGAAGGCCAAAUGAAACAGGUGGCAUGGCCAGAACUAAUUGCCAUUCGGAAAGCUUGUAUCAGCCUAGAAGAGGACUACCGACCAGGAAUUACGUACAUAGUCGUGCAGAAGCGGCAUCAUACCCGACUGUUUUGUGCAGAUAAGGCCGAAAGGGUGGGGAAAAGUGGGAAUGUUCCAGCAGGCACGACUGUUGACAGCACUAUCACCCACCCAUCUGAGUUUGAUUUCUAUUUAUGUAGCCAUGCUGGAAUACAGGGCACCAGCCGCCCCUCGCACUAUCAUGUCCUCUGGGAUGACAACUGCUUCACUGCCGAUGAACUUCAACUACUCACUUACCAACUGUGUCACACAUAUGUGCGCUGCACUCGCUCUGUCUCCAUACCAGCACCUGCCUACUAUGCUCGUCUGGUAGCUUUCCGAGCACGCUAUCACCUGGUGGACAAGGACCAUGACAGUGCGGAAGGCAGCCAUGUGUCUGGACAGAGUAAUGGCCGGGACCCCCAAGCGCUGGCCAAAGCCGUUCAAAUUCACUACGACACUCAGCACACAAUGUACUUCGCCUGAGCUGUGCCUCUGGCCAUUACAAGGGCACGCUUUGGGCACUAACCGUGGUUCUGACACCAGCAUUCCUGGCCCCACUGUCCUUUCCAAGCUGGCCGGGCCGACUUCAGACUGCUUCCUACCAGCAAUCCAGGAUUUCCGGACGCACUGAAAUACACAUUGAGCCAUUCUUUACUGAUGCUGACCUUGAUCAGGGCUGAUAGGCAGGACUUGACUCUCUUCGUUUCAGCGGGAGUUGGUAUUUUUUUUUACCUCAAGGCACAAAGGCCGAAGGUUCAAAGAUUUAUGAGGGUUGCAUGAAAGGUUUUUAAUGUUGCAUAUUUUGACUUGCUGUUUUAAUUUUAUUUUUUUAAUGUCUUUAAAUGAUCUCACCUUUUUUUUCUUUCUUUUUCUUCUUCCUUGUUUAAAAACGAGGUGUCUUCUUGUAAAGCUCUUCAACGUUGUGCAGAGUGAAUGCGUGUGAGCGAAUGUGCAGAGCUAUGGCUUUUUCUUAUUUUUUUUCCAAAAGCAGAGACUCGUUUUAAAUUCAGGCCCUACUGCAGCCCAUCAAACCUAAAAAGGGAAUUGGAGAAGCUUACUGCUGUAAUUGCCUGUGAACUUAAUGUACUUUGUUUCUUUAAAGUUUAUUAUCAGGAUUUUAUUUUUAUUCUGUAUACUGUAUCUGUGGCAGCAUUUUAUUUAUUUUUUUACUCCCACUUCCUCUCCAAACAAUGCAUCAUACUCUCUUAUUUUCAUCCCAACAUUUCUCCCAUUCCCUCAGACUGCCCCUGUAGCACCCCCCUACACAUUAUCUUUUGUUGAAGCUGGAUCUUUUGAUUAUUGAGACCCACCUGGGCAGACUGAUUUUUUGGAGGAGCAUAUCUGCUGAAUGCCAAGCACGCAGGUGGCACUUAGAUAAGUGUACUAUUCUGUUUUUUUUCCAUCAUCUCUCUGCAGUGCAGUGAAACAAAUUUUAAACAGCAUUACUUUUUUUUUUCCUUUAUUAAUUAUGUAAGGGCAUUGUUGAAUCUGAAUAAGGCAUUAAGUUGAGAUACGUUUUCCUGUAGCACAAAGUUGGGUAUGAGGAGAAUGUGCUGCUUCCUUUUAAACUGAAAUUUAUUGCCAGAAUAGAUUUUUUUUUUUUUUUUUUCCUUUAAUGGGAUAAGACAAUCUUGUCUUCUGCUAGAGGGCGACAAAUCUUAAACCUGAAAUAGAAGCGUGUAGUUAUAGGAGUAAUAUGUAUGUGUGUGCGUGCGUGUCUGUGUGUGUGAAUACAUCCACACACAGCGUCUGUGCUGAUUAAGUUAUUAUAGCAGGCAGUACUACUGCUGUCAAAUCUCUUCAAAUUUUCUCCCUCAACCCAUUUGUGUGGAAUGAGUUUAGAGAUGAGUUAAGCAUGUCAGUGCUGUGGGGAAUGAGCAAACACUGAGGGACGUUAUUCCCCACCCCUGCUUCUCCUCCUUGUCACCCUCCUCUUCCACCUUUUUCUCCUCCUUCUCCAGGUCAUAAAUGCUGCUGGAUUUGCAUUCAUUCCUAUGUAACUUUUCAAAAGAGUUGUGGCCGUGCCACAGAUGAAAGCUGUAGCAAGCCACUUUUACCUGCAGUGGACUUUUUGGGAUUAAUUUAGUAGCUUUAUAAAUUUACUAAAGAGGAUUCUAUUGAACAGAAAUGAUAACUGCAAUACUUGUUUAAGCUGGAUGUUGCCAUUUUAGACGAGUGGAUUGGGGGAAACAAAGCAAAUGUAACUCCAGUUUCAUGGACUUUUUAUCCUUGCAAAGCAAUAUUAACUACAGUUAAUUCACAAAGAAAGUAAAUUAAGGCUAUAUAUAUAUAUAUCUUUUUUUUUUUUUUUUUUAAAACACAUACGUUUGACUGUUGAACACCCAGGAUCUUUUUCUUUUUUUUUUUUUUUAUUUGAUUUUGCUUGUGUCAAUCAGUGAGAGAUGUGCACUUUGUAGGAGCAACUUUUAGACUUUUCAGAAUGAACUUGCUCAUGGCCACAAACUACACCAUUUAAUUUAUUGAAAAGAUUAUUUUGUAU